AACUAAAUCACAGUCAAGACCAUCACACACACAGCAGAAGCAGCUGAGUAGCUCAUCAGACAACUUCUGAAUUUCAGUCCUCAAAGAACAAAUUCGAAUCCAAAACCCCAUUUAAAUGGCAUAUACCGUGGGUUCGUCCACACCCAUUUGCUCCUUCAAUCCCUCGAGCAAGCCCACGUCUGUUCCUCAUAAGGCUUUUCGGAUCAUUGAGGCGUUCCAAAGCACAAACCCCAUUAGGCUUUUGCCUUGUGCGGCCAAGGCUUCAGAUGGUGCAGAUAGUAACCAAACCAGAAAAAACAAAAGCAUACUUUGUUCUGACUGCAAUGGAAAUGGUGCUGUCCUAUGUUCUCAGUGUAAAGGAACAGGAGUUAAUUCAGUGGAUCAUUUCAAUGGACAGUUCAAAGCUGGUAGCAUAUGCUGGCUCUGCAGGUAUUGAUGAACAAACUCUCCUUGCUCUACUGUAACCCGAAGCUAAAAAAGUCGAGCGUAUGUUCUAUGGACCUAAAGUCCCGUUCCGAUGGUCCUAACGAGUCAUCUACUUAAAAAGAACUUUCCCUACAGUGUGCCCGUAUCUUAGGAUACAUGCAUCUUGGUCUGGUACAUGCAUAAACCAAUUGAACUAUGCUCGAGUUGACAUAAACCAUUCCAUCUAUUAUCAACGAGUCUAGUUCAAACCU